ACACUAUAGGCAUCCACAGAGAGACCUAUGGAGAUUGAAUGUAAAUCAAAACAUGUUAUGUAAACAUCUUUUUUCUGAUUUUUUUUCUCUCUCUCAUGAUCUUUCUUUUUUGUUCCAAGUUUUCUCUCCCAACAUGAUUCAUAAAGAAAUGUAAAUUUUUAAAAGUUAAUAUACAUAUAUAACCAAAAAAAGAGUUAUUUUUUUUUAAAGUAGAUUAGGAAUUUUUAGAAAUAAGUAGCAAGCUGUUGUUUAUAUAUAGUGUAAUUUAAGAAUACCUUGAACUAUCAAGCUGUGUCAAUUGACAAUGUAUAUUUUUAACUGAGAAGGGAAAGAAAAUUCAUAUAGGAGGAAAAGUUUUAUUUCAGAGUAAAUUUAUAAUAAAAGUUUUACAUCAAAAAAAAAAUUUUAAUUGUCCUAGUUUAACCAGAUAAAUGCUAUUUUAAAGUAACAGCGAUCGUCUUUAGCUUUGUUUUCCCUUUUAAGUCUGCCAAUGAGAGUCAUGUUGUGAAUUCAAGUGUGAAGACCGUCCUGAAUAUGAUGAAACACAGCAAUUCACCUUCCCUUCAAGGAUGCCCUGAAGCAACUGAACGCAGGGCUAUUAGUAAAAGAACUGUCAGAUGCAGACCCAUGUCCUCUUAUUCGAGUAAGUCUACUUCAGCUGGUGAUGGUUUGACUGACCUAGUGAUGGCUAUGCAAGAUGAACUAUACCAAAUGAACAUUGAACACCAAGAACUUUUGAAGCAAAUACAGGGAAGUCCAACACUUUCAGCUAAUGAAGAAAUAGAAUAUGAACUGGAAUGUUUAGCUAGAAAAAUGGAAAUGAAAGAGGAGCAAAUAUGCAAACUGAAAAAAUAUCAAGAUCAUGUAAGUAAAUUACAGCCAAAAUCUCCAAACUCCAAGAGUGAGGCAUUUGACAUUCAAUCAGAAGAGGAAAACCAUAAAGGAACAAAGAAGGUGCCAGUUGUAGUGGUCACCAGAAAGAGCACAAAUAAGACUAAGUCUCCUCAGAAAAACUGCAAGUGUCAAAUGCCAGAAAAGUGUUUCCAAAAGAUCCAAAUGACAUUGAGGAAAGAUGACGUCAAGUGGGAACAAUAGAACAGUGGUGUAAAAUUCAGUUUUGAUAAACCUUGCUGAUCAUUGAGAAUUUUUAAUUAUCUGAAGUAUAUUUUAAUUUAAUGUAACUUUUAAGAAUUUUUCCAAUUAUGUUUCAUAUCUAUAAAUUAUUAAUUAAAUGGUAUUGUUUUAAAAAAUUAA